AUGCAACCUUCAGGGAGAAGAAGAAGCAAAGAAGAAGGGAAGAAGAAGAAGCGAAGGAGAAGAAGAAGCGAAGAAGAAAGAAGAAGAGAAGACGAAGAUGAAGAAGAAGCGAAGACGAAGAAGAAGAAGAAGCGAAGACGAAGAAGCGAAGACGGAGAAGAAGAAGAAGAAGAAGAUGCGAAGACGAAGAAGCGAAGACGACGAAGAAGAAGAAGCGAAGACGACGAAGAAGAAGAAGCGAAGACGAAGAAGAAGAAACGAAGACGAAGAAGAAGAAGCGAAGACGAAGAAGAAGAAGCGAAGACGGAGAAGAAGAAGAAGAAGAAGAAGAAGAAGCGAAGACGAAGAAGAAGAAGAAGAAGAAGCGAAGACGAAGAAGCGAAGACGUCGAAGAAGAAGAAGAAGAAGCGAAGACGAAGAAGCGAAGACGUCGAAGAAGAAGAAGAAGCGAAGACGAAGAAGAAGAAGAAGCGAAGACGGAGAAGAAGAAGCGAAGAAGAAGCGAGGACGGAGAAGAAGAAUAUCGCGUGUCGGCGGCGGCGCGAGGGCCUGCGACGCGCGGCGGCGGCGUUUGCGGCGGCGGCGGAGGCGCGCGAGGACGAGGGCGAGGGCAGGGGCGCGUGCGAGGACGUGGCGGCGCUCAAGGAGGCCCUGCGCCUGAGAACGCCGCUCAGCGUGUGGCGCCUCGACGCCGCCGCGCUCGCCCAACAGCUCACGCUGCUCGACCGGGAGCUGCUGCUGCAGGUAAGAGCCAGACUCAUUUCCCGCUUUAUAAGUGUGGCAUAUAAAUGUCAUUCUAUGCAGAACUUUCAAUCCUGCCAUAAUGUAUUGGCAGGUUUACAAAGCGUGCCAAUACAUCGUUUGACUGAAACUUGGACAUAUGUGCGCAGGAAACAUUCAACAAAAUAUUCAUUGUUUGAACAACUAUGUCGAAAAUACAGAGAUCCACGCAUGCCUUCCUUCCAACGUGCUUUUCACCAGGCAAGAUUUCAACCUCCAUAUAUACCAUUUGUCGGUGAUCUCUUCAUACACCUUUUUGGAGGUUCUCCUGAGUCUCUAGAACAACCUUUAGGAAAUAAAUAUUAUAUCACCAUCAACAGAAUUGAUAUGUUACCAUUCACAUCACUGUUCCCCAGUCUGGAGAACAAAGCAAUUAUGAGAUCCUGUGACACACUAGGAGACAUCACUAAUAAGAAAUAUAAAGAAACAUAUGAUAUUAAAAAUGCCAAGAGUUUUGUAAAAUUACCAAAACAGAAUCUGAUAGAUUCAGCAACUUAUUCAACAUUGGAUUUGGAGGCCCUAUCAAUUAUUGAAAUCUCAAGUAUCAAUCUUCACAAUGCAAUCUACUUUUUGAAGGAAAGUCAAUAUUCAGCUCAAAAGUAUGAACUGAAUCAAAAUACUUCUGCCAGAGAGUAUUUAUUGAGAGCUCGGUAUCAAGAAGACAUAGAUAACUACCUAAGAUCGAUUUCUCUGGAGAAAAUUUAA